AUUUUAUUGUACGAGUAUACAUACGUCAUCAAGUUGCGACGUACAGACAUGGCGUUUAAUUCUGUUUAGCUGCAUGCAAAUACACACAAUUCUGCAAUUUUAAACAGAUUUAGAUCUUAUUCUAACGGUGGAGGCUGUGUUGUGUGUCACAUGCGUCCAGUAUGAGCGGGGGUUUGGCACCAAGUAAAAGCACUGUGUAUGUAUCGAACCUACCAUUCUCUCUGACCAACAAUGACCUACACAAGUUAUUCACCAAAUAUGGAAAAGUUGUAAAGGUUACAAUCGUUAAGGAUAAAGACACUCGCCAGAGUAAAGGGGUGGCGUUUGUUCUCUUCCUGGACAGAGAAUCAGCUCAUAACUGUGCAAGAGCAGUGAACAACAAACAGUUGUUUGGCAGAACAGUGAAAGCGAGCAUUGCCAUAGACAAUGGGCGAGCAACUGAGUUUAUAAGGAGACGGAACUACACGGACAAGACUAAAUGUUACGAAUGUGGGGAUACAGGUCAUCUGAGCUACGCAUGCCCCAAAAACAUUCUGGGAGAGAGGGAACCUCCGAAGAAGAAAGAAAAGAAAAAGAAAAAGGCUCAACAACCUGAGCAUGUUGAAGAAGAAGAAGAAAGUGAAGAAGAGGGAGAGGACCCAACCUUAGAUAGUCUGAGCCAAGCCAUAGCUUUUCAGCAAGCCCGUAUCGAGGAAGAGGAGGAGUCACAGAGGAAGCAGGCACUUUUGCCUCAAGAGGACGAUGCUCAUGCUUCAACAUCCUCAGAUUCUAAGAAACCAAGGAUCAAGAGGAGCACAUACUUCAGUGACGAGGAGGAGCUUAGUGACGACUAAUAAUAAUAAGAAUAGUACAGUUUGGCCAUUACCAACAAGUUGUUUGUCAAAUAUUGCUUUAUUUUUUAAAGUUGUAUUGUAUUAUAGCGGGGAUGUUAAAAACAUGCUUCCAUUUACACUGAUAAAAUUUGAUAUUUUUCUUCUUGUACAUAGAACUGAGGCAUUUUUAUGUUUCUAGAAAUACUGUGUAAUUGUUCUUGGGUUGAUUUAUUUAGUGUGUGUGUGGUGUUUUUCUAUGUCAGUCACUAAAACCUUGUUUCUUAAUGACAAACCAAAUCAGUUGUUGAUUGUUCCAGUGUUAACCACAAAAUAAUUCAGAAGAAAAAAGGUUAUUUACCACUUUGCUUAGUUCAAUGAAGUAAAUGGAAAUAGGAAAGUUAAAACAACUGAUGCUGAAAAUGUCUAUUUUGUUUAUCAUUGAUCAAUUUACUGGUUGGAUUAUUUUUAGAUAUGAAUAAUGUCUAUAAAAUGGCAAAAAUGGUGACAAAUGUG